AUGCUCCGAUGGUCCACUACUUUACGAACUUUCCCGCGAACACAGAAGCGAAGUUUCACAAACGGAAGGAAAAAGGAAAUUAUCGUACUCCAUCCGACAUUAAAGAAAACGAAAAAUGGAAGCAAGUCCUUUAACGAAAUAAUCUACGAGGCGCAGGAAGCCUUAGGGUUAGCUCGGUCGGCUGGCUUCAAAGUUGCAAAUGGAAUUUCGAUGCCGUUGGGGGGGUGGACAUUUUUUAAACACCCAAGUGGGUCUAAAGAGGAAGGUGAAGGGGAGGAUUUGGCUAAUAGAUACCGUGAGGAAGACACAUUCAGGGGCACACGUCACUCAAACGGAGAGACACCCUGUGGGGGUGAUACGAAUGAGGCGGAAAAGUGCCACACAAAUGAAUACGCAGGGGAAGACGAGGGGGCAGAGGCAGAGACAGAUGCCCCCUCCGAGGAGGUGCCUCCGCAGGGGGACGACCUAGAAAAAAAAAUUGCAGAGUCAAUUAUAAUGAAAACAAACAGAAUAGAUAACAAGUUUUACUUUGGAAAAGGCAAAUUGAAUGAGCUGUCGACCUAUUUUCUAAAACACCCAACGCCGUAUGUGUUUAUUAACACGCUGCUUUCGCCCGAACAGUUCAGAAACCUGGAUAUGCUGUUUAACAGCCUGCUGCGGAGCCAUCAUGAUGAGUUGAAGUUGAGUAGGGAGAAGGAGAGGGGAGAAGACUGCCUCUCAGUGAGGGCAUCAGAAUUUAGUGCUGAGGAUUAUGGCGGCGCGGAACACGCCAGGGGGGAGGAGCUCGCGUACGUCGAGAUGUAUAACCAAUGGAUGGAAAGGCAGGCGGAGCAGGAGGACCAGGAAGAUGGAAGCGUCAGCGAGGGGGAAGAGCAUGCUGCUUUGGGAGAGGCGGAGGAAGAGCGUGUUGUUUCCCGCGAUGAUGCAGAGAACAGCAACGUGCCUCUCUACGUCGAGCUCUUCGACCGGUACAGCAUCAUCCUGCAGAUACUGAAGAGCAGGGCAAAAAGCAACCUGAGCAAACUGCAGCUGGAACUAGCCAGGGCCAACUUUAUUUUCAACACCUACGCAGAAGAUAACAAAUCAAGGAUGAAAUAUAUAAAAUAUAUCGAAAAUAAUGUACUGGGGAAAUCAAAUUUUGAUUACGAGGAAAAGCACAGCCGACAAAACACGUUCCAUGUGGAUAGGCAGAUGGGAAAAAACAAAAAUUACGACCACCUGGGGUACACAAGUAGCUACAUAAAGAGCUCAGAGACGUACAAAGAGUAUGAAAAAAGAAUCAUUCAAAAUUUGUAUGCAAAGCUGAAGAAGGAAUUAGCAAAAUGCAAAAAUAAUAAUGCACUACAGAGGAGUGCUAGAAAGCACAAAGCGUUAAUAGCCGUGGUAGGAUAUACAAAUGUUGGAAAAACAAAAUUAAUAAAUUAUUUAACCAAGUCUAAUUUGAAGGCAAGGAAUCUAUUGUUUCAAACUUUGGAUAAUGCUUUUAAAAGUGUAAAAAUUUCGGAUGGUCACUCCAGCAUAUUUAUCGAUUCAAUUGGGUUCAUUCAGAACAUCCCUUUCUCUUUGUACGAGUCAUUUAAGGUAACGUUGGAAGCAAUUAAGAAUGCAGACAUCCUUAUUCACGUGAUCGAUGUGUGCCACCCCUACAGAGAGCAACAUAAAAAGUGUGUCAUUGAUACGUUACAGAAGAUAGGCAUCCCCAGCGAUUUUCUAAAAUGCAAUAUGAUUGAAGUGUGGAAUAAGGUGGACAAACUGGCAGACGAGGAACUCCUUCAUUUGUAUAAAACUAAGCCGAAGAAUGUGCUGCCCAUUUCGGCGAAAGUUGGCACAAAUUGUGAUGUCCUCAUUAAAAUUAUCCAAACGAUGAUUAACAGAAUUAGGGACGUCCAAGUGUUGACUCUCCAGUUUCCGACGAUGGAAGCUCAAGAGAGGAUGCCAUACCUUGUGAAAAAUUUCAAAGUCGUCCCCAACUCUAUUUCGUACUCCAGCGACGGGAACACGACCUUUAUCAAGUUGGUGGAGAAUCCGCGCAACUUGAGUAAGUACUAUCACCGUUUCAAUAAGGGUGAAAAGGGACCCUCAGCGGGGGGAUCCAAGUAA